CCCGGCGCAGCGGCGAGGAGCACAACAGUCCUCUCUAACAAAUGAAAGGAUGGGGGGCACCAGCGGCAGCAGCAGCUGAGUUCAGUCAAACUGGAUCGGGGGCCGAGGGGGCACAGCAACUUUCUUCUCACUCCUGGGUGACUUUUCUUGGAUUUAUUUCCCGCUCCACAACAAUAUGCCAUUUGCCAAAAGAAUAGUGGAACCCCAGUUACUGUGCAGGUAUCAAGUCCCAAACGAGGAGGGUCUGGUUUUCGAGGAUCUGGUCUCCAUCAGUAAUGUGGCUCUAUCUCGGACCUUGCGGCAGCUGUCGGACCUGGCCAAACAUGCCUACUCCAUAUUCCAGGAGCUGGAAAACGAGCUCACAACCACCAACCAGCGGGUCCGGGGGCUCCAGGGCAGGAUCGGCCAACUUCAACAGACCUGCUCCGAGCUGGACCCCAAACAGGAGGCAGUGCCGGUAUCUAACCUGGAUGUGGAGAGUAAGCUGACAGCACACUACCAAGCUCCCUGGCAUCAGCAGAGGAACGUUUUCCAUCCCUCUACGCGGCCAGAAUGUGUGGAAGAGCUCCACAGGCAAGCCAAAACCAGCCUGUGGGCCCUGCACCGAGAUCACCGGAGGAGACGAUCGGGCAGCAGGGAGCGGAGAGUUACCAUCGCAAUCUCGCCGGUGCCCCCAAUGCCGAUGUGUCCCCCCCCUCAGAGGGGAACAAAUUUAACAACGGAGCCAGAGAGGCAUUUUAGAGAUGCAACGACACAGUUAGCACAGUUCGAAUCCACCCGCUCCUCCUCCCCUACCGAAUGUUGCCACUUCUCUCCCUGGAGCAGAAAGGCUGCGCCCUCUGACCCCGACUCUGACGGGGUGGCUCUAGGUCACCGGUCUAAGUUUCCCAUCCCUAACAUCCCCUCCACCCUGGACAAGCAGACUAACUGGUCUAAAGCUCUGCCGCUGCCCACUCCAGAAGAGAGAAUGAAAAGCAAUUCCCAAGUCAUCACCUCAUGUGUCAUCCCCAUUAAUGUGACCGGGGUUGGCUUUGACAGAGAUGCUAGUGUGCGUUGCUCGCUCGUUCACUCGCAGUCUUUGCUUCAGAGGAGACGGAAGCUGAGGAGACGGAGGACUGUUGCCGGCGUUCCGAGACAGGUGCAGCGAGACUUAGAUUCUGAUGACUCUCCUGGCUCCAGAGAGCGGACAGUGAUAGUUCACGCCAGUGCAGAUAUCACCCCUUCCAUGCAAGAGUUUGCCAGCCAUCUCAACACCAGAGACUCGGGUUGUCAGACAGAAGACUUUUUGAUCUCAGGAGCACCAUCUCGAAGGAGGAUCAGGCUCCAGAGAGGCCAGGGAGUCUCCCUCUCCCUCUCACAUUCUGCAGGAAACAUCUCCUCCCUCCCUGAGACCUCGGACGCCAUGUUCAGUGCCUCCGUUGGAGCACACCUGCGUUCUCGGAGUCUGCCCCGAGACACCAGCCGAAUGUUGGACAACGGACAUAACGACAGCGACGAUGAGGAGGACCUUUCCCCCUUCGACACUGAGGGGUUUCUGACUGGCUCUAGGAAGUUGACUCUGAAGGAUGAAGAGGAGAGUACUGAUGACCAGGCCAUGUCUGAACACCAGCUAGGAAGCCUUAAGUACAAGCAGCUGUCACAGAGUCCGGAGCGCAGCUGGAUGGAACGGACCAGAUCUCACCUGCCUAGAAAAGCUGACAUGGGCAGCUGUGAGAUCUCAUCUAGCUCGGACACCUUCAGCAGCCCUAUGCACUCCAUCUCUGCUGCAGCAGUGCUGGGAGGCCAGAUAGACCAUAAGGAGGACCACCAGUCCUCCAGCGGGAACUGGAGCGGGAGCAGUUCCACAUGCCCCUCCCAGACAUCAGAAACAAUCCCUCCUGCCGCAUCUCCACCUCUGACCGGCUCCUCCCACUGUGACUCUGAGCUCUCUUUAAACGCUGCCACUCAUACUAACGAUGACCAGACAGGCUUCUUGCUGGACCACUAUCAGGGCCUCAGGACCCAAAGAGCAGGCUCCUUCUCCUCCACAGCUAUGGACAUAUUAGAAGAAGUUGGUGUCAGCAAUCCCAUCGAGGGGGAGUGGAGUUACCCCAAUCCAGAGCCUCCGGGGUCACAGGGCUUCAGCCCCGAGCCAAGCAGAGAGGCUGAGAGCAGUCUGGGCUGCCCCAGUUUCACCAGUAUGGCUACCUGUGAGAGCAGCUUCUCCGACAAACCACCGUCAGAGAAAGCAGACACCGUCUCACACUACUCUGUGGACAACGAAGGUUACUACACCUCCAUGCACUUUGACUGCGGCUUGAAAGGUAGCCAAAGCUUCACUUAUAAUAACUAUGCACCCUCAGGCACUGACUGUGGCCUGUCAGACUCAAGUGGUCACAUGACACUGGGAAGACGCUGCCUCUCCUUAAAAAAACCAAAGGUGAAGCCAUCGCCACCUAAGAGGAGCUCCUCCUUAAGGAAAAUAUGCAGUGAGGGAAACAUCCCUAUUAAGAAAGAACCAAAGAUUACAUGUGGGCAGCAACUUCAUCUGUCUGCAAAGGAGAGGAAACUGCAGCUGGCUUUGUCUGGCUCUCUGGCUCACACUGAAAACUCCUCACUGGUCAGAGAAACCCGGGUAGGCUGGGGGGUUGAGGGCUCAGCUGAUCUACCCGACUUAGUCUCCACAGAUACACAUUCAUUUAAGGAUGAGGGGGUUUUGCAGUCAGACUAUGCAGAUCUGUGGCUCCUGAAUGAUUUGAAAUCCACAGAUCCUUACCGAUCGUUGUCAAACUCCAGCACAGCUACAGGUACGACGGUUAUUGAAUGCAUCAAGUCACAGGAUAGCUCUGAGUCGCAGACGUCCCAGUCUGGCUCCAGAGCUACCACCCCUUCACUUCCAUCAGUCGAGGAAGAUUUCAAGCUCAUAUCCCCAGAGAAGUUGGCAGGCCUGGCAAGCCCAUCCAGUGGCUACUCCAGUCAAUCAGAAACACCCACCUCCUCAUUUCCCUCUACCUUUUUCCCUGGGCCACUGUCUCCAUCAAGUGGUAAAAGGAAGCCCAAAGUCCCAGAGAGGAAGUCCUCUCUCUCAUCACUUUCACUUCAGUCACUGUCCUCUAGGGAUGGUGCAACCUCAAAGAGAGAUCUGGAGCUGCCAAUUAUCCCUCCCUCUCAUCUCGACUUAAGUGCCCUUCACAGCGUCAACAACAAGGCGACAGCUUACAAGACCCAGAUGCAAAUCCUUCACCAAAACAAACAAAAAGCAGCAGUGUCAGCCAAGCCUAUAGUACCUCACAACCCAGAGGUAUUCAACGCCUAUUGCCUGUCCAUUACGCCCACGGUGCUGAACUCAGUACACCUCCGAUCGAUCAGUAAGGAGCAGCAUGAAAAUCACACCACUUCCAAAUUCCAAUAUCCCACUGUGAACUCACCUAGCAAACUUUCCACUAGUAAAUCUUUAGAGCUUAAGAGUCCCGCACUGUACAACUCACACCACCAUCAUCUUCACCUAUCCUCAAAGGAGUCAGGUGUGUUUACCUCAAAUGAAGAGCUUACAAGUGGAAGGUCAGCAUGUGAGACUGAGACAAGGAACGAGCCGGAGCAAGAGGCUCCUGCAAAGUGUGUGACAACAGUCAGGCUCCAGUCAGACUCAUGUUUGAACCAGAAAGGUCCAGAAGUCCCCGAACAAACCAGAAGUCAAGAAAGAGAGACCUGUAGAGAGCUGCCAGAAACACCUGCCUGCCUCGGAGACUUCAGCUCACAGUCUGAGACUUUACAGCAACAGCACUGUGAAGAAGAAGAAGAGGCGUAUCCUCCUCCUCCUCCUCCUGUCCUACACAGUUCCCCCAAUAGACCCAGCAGUCAGGAUAAAGUGCCUGCUACUGACAGUCAGUUGGAGACGCUGCAAAGCAGUCCAAUCAGCAAUGAAGACAGCAAAGAAAUGGAUUCAUUGGGCGAGUCAUCCGAAUGCAUCUCACAGGAAAGCAAGGAGUCCAUGCCAGACAUGGAGGACUAUUUUAGUAAAGACUCCACUCUCAGUGACAGCACUCUGUCCUCAGUGCAUGAUGAGUCAAGGCCAGAGGAUGACACCGUGUUUCUGUCCCCCACUAAGUCUCGCACCACUGAGGAUUUAUUCGCUAUGAUACACAGGUCUAAAAGGAAAGUGUUGGGGAGAAAAGACUCUGCCGAGUUGGGUGUGAGGAAUCGCCUCGGUGGCGCUUCGGGGAACACGCCACCUAACAGCACUGCAAGCUCCCCUAUCUCUGUGGCAUCACCUUCCUCCGCUGUGACCCCACCUGGCCUGCACAGAGUCCCCGGUCCCAUUUAUAGGAAUGCAAAAAAGUCCAGCACCUCCAACGAGGAGUUCAAACUACUGCUGCUUAAGAAAGGAAGCCGCUCCGACACUAGUUACCGCAUGUCAGCUACAGAGAUCCUCAAGAGUCCCAUCACCCCUAAAUCACUUGGAGACACUCUAAUGGAGUCACCCAUACACCCCGACGACAACACCUUCCCUCAGCAGCAGCCCCAAUCAGGACAAGACCACCUUUCCAGCCCCUACUUGAAAACCAACGCAGAGGGCUUUUCACCGAAAUCCUUCCAUACAUCUGCGGCCUCAAGGCAGGGACGCUCCAGGAUCCCACCACCUGCCAACAGCAGCCGCUACAGCAUGCGCAGCAGGCUGUACUCAACACCCAUGCAGGCCAUCUCUGAGGGUGAGACAGAGAACUCGGAUGGGAGCCCUCAUGACGACCACUCAUCGCAGGGCUCCACAUAAAAAAAAAGCAAUAAUUAAGUAAUUUUAUUAGUUUACAGCAAACAGACAAACAAAAAAAGAUGGACCAGAAUGAGGAGAGAAGGAGAGAAAAUUAGACGAACGUGAACAUUUUUUAAAGAAAAUCAUAAAUUUAGUAAUUGAUGGUGUUUUAUACAGACUGCAUUUCUAAGAAAACAUCUUUAUGAAAUGAACAGUUGGCUCUUGUUUUGCGUCUGCAUUAUAUGGAAAAAUAUGAUUUACAAACCGGAAAAUCUUCUCAGUUCUAAAUUUAAACGGGGACCUAUUUUUCUUUUCUUUCUUUUCUAUCAUAUAUGUAUGGAAUUUUGACUUAUUAACUCAAAAUUUUAAGAAAAGUAACUCCAAAUUUAGAGUUAGCUUUGCCAAUCAGUAAUCUACGUGAAUGACGUCAUUUUCUUGUUAACCAGAAGGAUAUGGCGAGUUACUAACUCAAAAUUUUGAAGAAAAGUAAGUCAAAAUGUAAAGUUACUUUUUGAGAAAGAUAACUCGAAAUUUGGAGUUAUGAAUACUUUUUUUUUUUGUGGCGGAAACAGGCUUCCAUAUAUAUGUGAUGCUCAUAGCAACACAUGGCCAGAGUUCAAGGUAUAAUAAUGAGGUCAGUGCACCUAAAAGUAAUCUUUUUUGACCUAAAACUCUGUCAGAAUUAAUGGAGAUCCCCAGUAUGGUCAGAGGCGGUACCAUCCCAUAUAAAAUAAAUAAGCAUUAUUAUGAACUGUGAAUCACUCUAAGCUACUCUAGAGUCUGCAAAUAAAAGUAUGGAGCUGGAAAUGAGUUUAAUAGCUGUUCUGUUAGUUUAAGGCACAUUUCCCAAAGUCUUGUAGACCCAACCCAACAACGUAACGUUUUUAGAAAUAAGCAAGAGAAGUUGAUCUGUUAUAAUUAACCGUAUGUAUUCUGUGAAUACAAUUAGACGGACAUUUCCUCUAACCAGUUACAUCGAAUGAUUUUAAUACCCUCAAAAUGAACAUCAGAAUUGACAAAUGUCAACAUUCAGUCCCUAUUCAUAUUUCCUGUAAACAGAAUUGAUACUAUGUAUAUUUUACUCAGUUUGUCAUAUACUAAAUUAUAUCAAAGCUUAUUAUUAGAAUAUUUUAACAUACUGUACAUAUAGCAAGAAAUGGUAGACGUAAUUAUUGGUGAGACAGGAAGUGUCAAAGCCGAGCACUAACUUGACAAUCUCGUGAGACAAGAAAGGAGCAGGUGUUAACAUGGGACAUGAAAAAGUGAUCAAAAAGUUCGAGGCAGGGAACUCGGAGAGCUGGAAAAGAAUGCUGAAGUCAUAAAGAAAAACUUACCAAUGGUCAUUUCUGGUUUGCUGACAUGAUGUGUUUAUGCAUUGUCGAAAGAGGCAAGUGGAAAGUACUCAGAGGAUCAAAUAUGCCUUAUUUUAUCCAACAGGAGAAAAUAUGUGAUGAAGCAGCUGAGGUCACAGCAAGUUGAGUGUUUUUGUGAGAUUUUUGAUUGUAUGGUUAAAUAUGGAGCCGGGUUAUUAAGUCUCUUGAAAAGAGAAAUGUCUGGAUUUGGCAUUUUCUGCCCCUCAAUAUUCAAAAAAAUAUAACUUCUAUAUUUUCUGUCUCAAACCAAUCUAAAUAUAUUUAUUUUUAUAACAUACACAAAAAACCUUUGAUCAAAAAUAUGCAAUGAAGUGCUGGAAUUUUUAUUUUUUAUUCACAUACUUAUUUUGUUCAUAAGAGAUGUGUUUUAGAUCUUAUACGAGACACUGGUUACAGAGACAAAUUGGAAACUUAAUUAUAAAAUUUCAUUAAAAAUGUAAUUAAAUGCCAAAAAUAUAAAUGUAAGGUUUUGGUUGUAACCCUGGUAUAUUUUAGUCCCAUGUAUUCACCAUAAUUUUAUAAGUACAUGGAGCUUAUUGGAGUGAUGGUACUCAAACAUUAUGCAAAACUGGCAGAAGCCUUGUUCUUCCCUGUAGGUAUGCUGUCAAUACCCUUUUAAUUUUCAUAUUAAUAACACUAUAUAACAGGGUACACAAUGAGUUAAGUCUGUGAACCUUCAUUCCAACUUUUUUGUUUUUUUCCUGCACUGACAAAAUGAUGUUUGUGAAGUUUUUUUGUCUCUUGCUGUACCUGGAGAUAUUUAUAGAUGUGUACAUGCAGCUGUUUCCCUUAAUAAUAUUCACACCCCGAGGAUGCUUUAGGAGUGAAGUACAGGAAUGCUUCUACCAAAGGCUAAAAACAUGUGGUGGCAUUGAACUGGUGUCGUUUACUUGACUGAAAUGUUCUUGAAAACAAACCAAUAAUAAAGAACUAAACUUACGGUACUAGAUGCAUUUCAUCUAGAUACAGACCAACCUCUGUAUACAGUACUUGUAGGUUUUAGUGGGGUUUUUUGUACAAACUUGUAAAUUAAAUAACGUUUUAGAAUUGUUACAAAGGUUGUUGAAUUGCUUCUUAUGUAAAAUAAAAAAACAUGUUUUUAAAGUUUACAUUAAUUUCAGACCUUUGUAUAUUUUUGAGCUGUGGAACACGUUGUCUUGUAUUUAUUUUUUAGUAAGCAUUCUUGAAAUCCCAUAGUAAAUCCUAUCAAAGCCAACUGCUAGCACAACAGGCUGCUUAGCAAAUGUGUAUAAAAAGAUGAAUAAAUGUGACUGCUUUGAAAA